UGAUUAAGCUGAGAGUAAAUUGAAGGUGACAUUGACUUUAAUCAGCUGCUGGACGACUUAUAUGGCAUCGCCCAGAAGUGGUUACAGUGGCACAGAUAGAUUCGUUCUUUAUAUACUCUUAGAUUUUGAGCUUCACUAUUAUUUCGCACCAAGAUCUCAUUAUUCAAAUCCAUAUUCCCCAAAGCACUAUAAUUCAUAUUAUUAUUAUUUGACUCCUUUGCUAUUCGUCUUGUUAAUUUCAUCUUGAUAUAUUGGUGUGGCAUGGGAUUUCGGGCCGACUGUCAUUUGUGUUGUUAGAAAUAUUUUAGUUGUUAUAAUUUGUCUUCACCAUAAAUCAUAACUAGUCUUUAGGAUAUUUUUAACGUCAUUUUAACUUGAAAACACAUUACUACUGUCAUACUUUAUACUAGAUACUAUAUGUAAUUUACCCUUGACUUUGUUCCCCCUUUUCACAAUUCACAAAAUCAAUACUUUUCGCUUCAAGCUUCAGAUGUCGGUGUGUAGAAAUUAACAUCUGCAAAGACUUUUAAGAACUUGGAAGAAAGAAAUGAUAUCUGAUGCUUCACUGGUACUGUUUACACUACGUCUCAUUCUGAUCAGAAUGGACCUCAUGCUUCGACAAGAGUCAACUCCGAACUUAUCAUUCGUUAUGACAAUCCAUUAGUCUCUAAAACACAUUGAAACAUCAGUAUAUUAUAAAGCAAAAUAUCUUUGAACAUCACUUUUCACACUUUUAUUCCAAGUCUACAGAAAUACAACCUUUAGCUAUGUAUAGUACACAAAAUCAAUGGUCGAAUGAUACGAAAAGGACCCUGUUUUUCUUCAUCUUUAAAAAUGCUUACGAACUUUAUUGAAUAACAAGUGAAAUUUAUGCAAUAUCUGAGUUCAUUGUAUGCCACAGUGAUUCAAGGGAAAAUAUUAAAAAUAAAUGAUUCUGGGAUUUAUGUUCAUGCAACACUUGGUUCACCAAACUGCGUUGGUGUACAUGAAUGUGGUAGACCAUUAGGUUUAAAAUUGUUCAACAAUUCGGAGAAUUUCUUGGUCACGGAUGCCUAUUUAGGUGUAUUCUCUGUCUCGGUGAAAGAUGGUAGUGUGAAGAAAUUGUUCCCAUUAGAUGAAGAUUUCAAAGUUACAUUUUUUGAUGAUUCAGUAAUGUUACCGAACGGUAGUCUUGUUAUUACUGAAGCUAGUACAAAAAAUACUUUACAACAUUUAUGGACAACAAUUUUAGAAGGACUACCUAGUGGGAGGCUAACAAUGGCUGAUACAAAAACUGGUCAAUACAGUCACAUAAUGGAUGGUUUACGCUUUCCCAACGGAAUCGAAAUUUCUAGUGACGGAAAAUCCAUAUUACUCGUUGAAACAAUGAAACUUCGAAUUUUACGAAUUCCAUUAGAUGGAGGUGAAGUGACCGUGUUCAGUGAUGGGCUACCUGGUUUUCCGGAUAAUAUCAAAGCCAGUCCACGUGGUGGAUAUUGGGUUCCUGUAUCACCUCUUCGUGACGAGCCUCUAUCUGAACUUCUACUCAAUUAUCUACCAGCUUAUCCUUGUAUUCGUCAGUUGGCUUCCAGUAUUAUCUCCAUGCUUCCAUUCACACUAAUACCGAAAGGAAAAUCGUCAAUGUUAAUUCGUUUAGAUGAAAAUGGACAGAUAAUUGAAAUUUGGAAAGAUUUUCAAAAUGAAUUACCAAAUGCUUGUGAAGUACUAGAACAUGAUGAUACUCUAUACACUGGAAGCUUUUAUCUACCUUACAUUGGUCGUUUAAGAAGAUUGUCAAAUUAA